GACGUCAUCGUCACAGAUUUAGCAAUGAGCAGCGCAGAUGACAGUGACGUGCCUGUGAGUUCAUAAAAAGCCAUGAGAGCUGAAGGGACUCCAUUGACUCUGCGCAGCGGGAAAGUAAACACACGAGAUGAUCUGGACCAUUUUUCUGCUUGCCCAAGCUGUCCUGCUUUAUUUGAUCCUCACAAACAGAUCGAGAUCCAAGAGCGAUCCACCUCUAGACAAAGGCGUAAUACCAUGGUUAGGCCAUGCGCUUGAAUUUGGAAAAGAUGCAUCCAAGUUCUUGAAUCGAAUGAAGCAGAAACAUGGCGACAUUUUCACAGUGCGUGUCGCUGGACGUUACGUGACCGUGCUGCUGGAUCCGCACUCAUACGACACGGUCAUCAAUGACUCGGACUCCCUGGACUUCACUCGCUAUGCACAGGUCCUCAUGGAACGGAUUUUUAACCUGCGGCUCCCGCAUCACCAGCCAGCUAAAGCAAAAGCAAUGACCAAAAGGCACUUCAUAGGAAUGGAUUUGUCCGCCCUGAACAGCACCAUGAGCAGACACCUGCAGGCGUCACUGAAAGCUGAGAUGCCUCAGAACCAGAAAGACUGGAAAGAGGAGGGACUGUUCAACCUCUCCUACAGCUUACUCUUCAAGGCGGGGUAUCUGACGCUGUUCGGAGGAGAACAGAACAACAACAGCGCAGAUCCCUCAAGCAUCUAUGAGGAGUACAAGAAGUUUGAUGGUCUCUUGACCAAAAUGGCGAGAGGCACACUAAAGCCAGAGGAGAAGAGGACAGUCCAGAGUGUUCGGCAGAAACUGUGGGAGCUUCUGGCUCCAGCAGGUCUGACUGAGGACUCGGGGUCGAGCCCUUGGCUCCACGCCUACAGGCGGCUCCUGCAGGAGGAGGGGGCCGAUGAAGAGUCGCAGAAGAAAGCUGUACUGAUGCAACUCUGGGCCACACAGGGUAAUGUUGGUCCUGCUGCUUUCUGGCUGUUGGGCUACUUAUUGACAAAUCCUGAAGCUCUGACAGCAGUGAAGAGGGAGUUAAGCGGGAUCUCCCAGAUGGAAACCUCAGAGACCUCAUUACUGGACAGAGCUGUGAACACCCCCGUGUUUGAUAGCGUCUUAGAAGAGACACUUAGACUCACUGCUGCCCCCUUCAUCACCAGAGAGGUUGUGCAGGAAAAGACCCUCCACAUGGCUGAUGGCCAAGAGUACAUGCUAAGAAAGGGAGACAGGGUGUGUUUGUUCCCCUUUAACAGCCCUCAAAUGGACCCUGAGAUUCACCACGAGCCACAGAAAUACAAGUACGACCGCUUCCUGAAUGAAGAUGGAUCAGUGAAGAGAGAUUUUUAUAAAGGAGGGAGGCGGCUGAAAUAUUACACCAUGCCAUGGGGCGCAGGGACCAAUGGCUGUGUGGGAAAAGAAUUUGCCAUCAAUACCAUCAGAAAGUUUGUUUACAUAGUGUUGACCAACUAUGAUUUGGAGCUGUGUGACCCAAAUGCUCAGAUGCCGGAGGUAAAUGCCAGUCGUUAUGGAUUUGGAAUGCUACAGCCAGAGGGAGACCUGCUUGUCCGAUACAAACCUAGGAAUACACACUAGGACUUCAAAAACAAGCACAUAUUUUAUAUGCGCAUUUCAACACAUGCACAUUGUUUAUAGUGUUAAUAUGCUCUUUUUACUUUUAUACUCCAUAUUUAUA